AUGGGUAAGGAUCUUGGUGACUUUGAUCUUCCUAGGGUAAAUACAAACAUCAACUUGGAAUCUAGAGGAUAUCGUGAGGUUCAAGAGGAGUACUCUAUUGUUGUUGAAGAUGAACACAUUUGUGCUAAAGAUUCUCUUAAUCGCGAUCAAAGAACUGCAUAUGAUGAGAUCAUGAGGCAUGUAGAUCAUAAUAUACCAGGUGUGUUCUUUAUAGAUGGUCCUGGUGGAACUGGAAAAACAUUUUUGUACAAAGCAUUACUUGCCGAGGUUCGUUCUCGUGGUCUUAUUGCACUUUCGACUGCUACAUCUGGUGCUGCUACUAAUAAUAUGCCUGGAGGGAGAACAGCUCACUCGCGUUUUAAGAUUCUGAUAAAUCUUGAUAAUAACUCAUUGUGUAAUAUCAACCAACAGAGUGGGGCUGCACAACUACUUCGUUUGGCCAAUAUAAUCAUAUGA